GCGAGUGGUUGCCUCGCUCUCUCUCUUUCCAUCUCUUUCGGCACCACGCUAGCCGUCUCUUUCGCCGCCAGAAAAGUCCUUCGAUCGAUCCAACGCGCAUUGACCUCCACUAAAUCAUUUAAAAUACCCCAAAACGCUCAGAUUUCGGAGUGAUUUAGUGAUUUGCAUGUCGCUGCGAUAUAGAGUUAAAUAAAUAUAAAACUCAUUUCGGCUAUGGACAUAAACCAGAAGAUCGUUAUGCUCCAGAGCCGAUGAUCUAUAUGCCGUGUGUGUUUGUUGCUGGCUGCUUAAUUGUGCGCUGGCGUUUAAAUAAAAAUAAGUGCGUUUAAAUGUGAAAACAAAAGACUGGCAUUAUAUAUUGGCAAUCCAGAACGGCAGACGUCUGUUCUCGGCCAAUAAAAUCACUAUUUCAAGCACCAUUUCGGCUUAUCUCGAGUGUCGAUCAAUAAGGAAGAACUUAGGCAACAAACUGAAGUAGUGAACUAAAAAAGGCAAAAAAAAAUAAGAUAGAGUGCGAAAAGUGGCCCACAACAAAUGACUCGUAAUGCAAUGUCUGGGCAAUUAAUUAGUGCAUAAACAGUUAAAUUCACCGCCGUAAAAGUUGGAGCCGCACCGCACACACACACACACACACGCACACGAACGUGCCUUCACUUUUCUCCCGAGAAAUCGGAGCUCUAAGUUUUCCACCCUCGAUUUUCGCAGCUGGAAAAUGUAACUCGGAGCACCACAAAUUAUGACGCAAAAUACCAAAAUCGGACUGCAGCCCGAGGAAUAAUAUAUUUGCAAUUUAUGCAACAAUCGUCGCCUGGCUGUUGCAGCAACAAAGAGUGAUUAGUGUACUCGAAGCAUUACAAUAGUUACACAGCUUACAAGUCCCUGGAAAAAGCAAAGAAAAAAACAAAAACAAAUAGCCGUCCUCAUCAACGCAUCGUUAUGACUGUCUCAGCAAUUGGAUCUAAUCGGCACCGUCGUUUGGCUUUAAUUGUUUUGACCACCUUGUGGCUGCUAAUCGAUGCCACCCCCUCCUCGAAUCCAAAAUCCGUCAGCAUUGAGUUGCGUCGCAAGAGGAGCUUGCACUAUAAUGGCAUUGAGCUGGACGAGAAUACUUUAGUUGGCCAUCUGAGGGAACACGAGAGGGCUCUGAUCUUUGGCUCGCGAUCUGCGGAAGAGGCGCCCGAAUUCAAACUCGUGCACUUGGCCAAACAGCCAGCGGAGCAGCAGCGGCAGGAGGGCGAUCCCCAAGACGAGGAUGGUGCACCAGUGGCAGAGGAGAAGCAGGAGGGGAAUCCCCGAAAGCAACGUCAGCGCCGCAGCGUGCCAACAAAAGAUGACGAGCGCCGCGAUUCCAACGGUGCGGAGGCGGUGCCUCCCCCCGAGGGGGCGGGGCAGGAGGCUGGCGGUGGAGCGGUGGAGGUGGAGGCGAGGCUGCAGCUGCAGCAGUCGCCGCAGCUAAUCGACGACGCCUUCAUCUUCAUCCGCCGCACCGAAAACGGAACGCAGUUCGUGGAGCACUCCCCGCAGCUCCUCAAGCGACUGGAGCGCUGCUUCUACCGGAGUCCAGCGGCUGCUCUCGAUCUCUGCGAGACCGGCAACGUGCGCGGCGUUUUCCAGCAGAACGGCAGUGACCUGGUGAUCCAUCCGCUUCCCGCUCGCUUCGGCACCGGGACGCAUGUGCUCUACCAAGCGAGAGUGGACAAGAGCGGCUACAGUGGGGCCUCGUCAAGGCGAACGGCGCCACCGUUAGACAGCCAGCUGCAGUUUGAGCCCGAUGCGGAGGAAUUCAACGAACCGAGGAAGCGAUUCCGUUCCCAAAGUCAGGCUCAAUCUCCCCUGAGACUGCGCUUCCAGCCACGACAUCAUCAUCAUAAUCAUCACCGUAGAAGGCGUCGCUAUAUUGGCAAUCCACCGCGCUCCCGUUGGUCGGACAUUCCGGAGGAACUCUUCAUCGAAACGGCGAUUUUCGUGGACAGCGAUCUUUAUGCUCACAUGCAGAGGAAUUUUCCCACGGAUACGGAAAGCAAGGUGGUCAGAUUUCUUUUGGCCAUGAUCAAUGGCGUUCAGUUGCUGUAUCAUCAUCCCACUUUGGGUCGUCGGAUAAACUUUGUCCUGAAGCGUUUGGAAAUCUGGAAGUCCUGGGAUCCACCUGGCUUGGUUCGUUCCAGGGAUGUGGAAAACUAUUUGAACAGCUUCUGCAAAUGGCAGGAGAAACUGAAUCCCUUCUCCGAUGCGGAUCCUCUGCACUAUGAUCAUGCCUUGGUUUUGACUGGUUUGGAUCUGGUGACCUAUGAAAAGGGAAAGGCCAAUAGCCAAGUUGUGGGAAUGGCCACUGUGAAGGGAAUGUGCACUUCCAUUUAUUCAUGUACGAUCAACGAAGCCAAGCAUUUUGAGAGCGUCUUUGUGGUGGCCCACGAAAUUGGGCACAAUUUGGGUAUGAGACACGAUGCCAAGGAGAUAAGCUGUGAUCCCACUAUGCACAUAAUGUCUCCAAAAUUGGGAAGUGGCAAGGUUACCUGGUCUAAAUGUUCGCGUACCUAUCUUGAGGAUUUCCUAGUGGAUCCCCAAGCGGAAUGCCUUUUCGAUCGUGACCAGUUUGUGGGUCCUUGGGAUCACACAGCUGGUGGUCGUCUUCCGGGUGAACGCUUCAAUGCCAACCAGCAGUGCAUGUUGCGAUUUGGAAAGAACUUUAUGCAGGCCAGCACUCAAAGCAAAAUGGAAAUCUGUCGGGAUCUUCACUGUCGCCAGGAUGGACUGCCAUGGACUUCGCAUCCUGCUUUGGAAGGCACAGAGUGCGGGGUUAAUAUGUGGUGUAGAGGUGGUUCCUGCGAGUCUCGGUCCUCGAAGCAGGGAAGCUAUUCAGCCCUAAAAUCCUGGCCACCUGAAACCGUUCCCGAAGCCACCCACGAGAAGAUAAUCAGACACGAGCCCAACAGGAUUCCGCCGCUGCUGCACGACUACAAUCCGAUGGGAAAUGAGCUGCCAGGAUCCUCCUCCAAUUGGGGAGAGUGGAGCGAGCCGAGUGCCUGUGAAUCCAGCUGUCUUUAUGGACAAUCCCGAAGACUCCUGGAGGGCAGCACAGGACUUCGUACCUUCAACAGGAGCUGCUUGAACUUUCCAUCGCGAUGUUUGGGAAGAGAUUGUCGAUUUGUGACCUGUAAUUCCCCGCAAUGUCACAAGGUCCCUGUUCAAACAAUUGGUGAUUUUGCUAGCCAUGUUUGCAUGCAGGCGAGGAAGUCUGAUCCUGAUCUCACUGGCGAAGGUCAGCAGUUGAGCAGCACAUUAGAUGGCUCCUGCAAGAUCUUCUGCCGCACCAAGAACAAUGGCACCAAAUCCCGGCGAUGGACUUUCCCGGAUGGAACCACCUGCCAGUCAAAGCAACACAAUCCGGAGGACAUUACCUUCUGCAUUUCGGGAAGGUGUGAGCGCUUCUCCUGCGACAACUCCACCUCGAACUUCUUCAAGAUGGACAGCAGCUUCUGCCAGGCGAGAACAGUGCGUCCCACGAGGGAUUCCUCGGACCAGGAGAGCCGCCAGCAGACCACCAAUCAGAGAUACGCCGAUCGACAGGAGGGAAUACCCAAGAAGAAUCACUAUGAGAAUGAGGUGGCAAAGCGUCCUCCGUACAGCCAGGGAAACCACAUCAGUGCUCCACCAUCACCUUACAAGAGGAGGACCUACCACAAACCGUAUUCCCCGGAGAUUUCCCGACCCCCGCCACCUGCCUCCGCCUCGCUGAUCGCCCUGGAUCGCAGUUCCUCCUCCGAAUCGGAGUGGGUGGUCCACCCAGGUUGCCACUCCAACUGCAUGACUGACUCGAAGGGCGUCCAGGGGGUCACUUCUCGGUUAACCGGAAUGGAGACCAUCCAACUCUGUUCAUAUCGCAUUCAACCCUGUGAACGAUUGCAAACUGCUGCGGAAUUUGCGGAGCAAACUUGCGCCCGAUAUCGCCAGAAAGUGCGGGGAUUAUCCGGUCAUGGAGCCCAGAUCUCGGCCAGCAUCGAUGAACCGGAUCGCAGUUGCCGUGUUGGUUGCCAGGACGAGUACAUAAAGUAUCGAUACUACUUGGUCAACGGUCGAAAUGGACACUUUCCGCCAGGAACUCGCUGUUCGCCGGUGGGAAAACGAUAUUGCGUAUACGGCAAGUGCCUGGAAUUCGGCGAUGAUGAUAUGCCGCUAGAGAAAACCCACAUCAGUUUGGGUCAACUGAGGACUCGCCGGAGAAGGAGUUUGCCCAACAACGAUUUACUUAACUUAACGGAGAUGAAUAGCAUGCAGAACCUUAAUGAAUCACUUUUAGAUGUCUCCGUCGAACACAUCGAAUUCACCCAACCCAUUCACGUCUCCGCAGACGAACUGAGUAGCAAAAGCCGAUAGCCCAAUAGCUUCCUGGCCACAUUUCCCUUAGUCGAUUAAGUUCUAAGCUAGAUUAAGUCCAAGGCUGCCCCAAAAAACUGCCGAAGAAAUAUACAUGAAAUAAUAAAUGAUACGAACUACUUA